CGCAUGUGUACACAGUUAUUUGCAAAUAUUUUUCCUACGUCACCUGCGUUAUUAUUGUUGUUAUUACGGCGAGCGGACGACGACCAUAUUAUUAUUAUAAUUUGUCGUGUCCGCAAAAUAAUGCGAGAUCGUCCUCCCGCGCGCGCGUUGCUGUGACAAUAUCCGCACUGUGACGCUCACCCUCCGAGCUGUCGGUUUACUGAAACCGCAGUCGUCGUGUCGAAAACGCGCGGUAUGUUCGGUAUACUGGUUCUGGGCUUGUCGACGGCGGCGUUUCUGUUUGGCCGUUUUGGUUGUGACGGUCAGACGGCCGAUGUCGGCUCGCUGACGUCCCAAAUCGGCGGUUACGCGGUAUUCAAAUGUCCGGCAGUACCGCAACCGCGGUUCGACCACGACGGCGGUCUUCGCCGUCUUGUUGCCGUACGUUGGACAAAAGACGGCCAGACGGUAUUUACGUGUUCAGAAGGUACAUUAACCACCGACGAACGUUACGACGGACGGACUACCGUAGUAGAACCUCCUGAGUUUAGCGAUGCCGUCUAUAUUGCUAUUAAUGUUUCCAGUCUCCGUGAAUCAGACACAGGUGACUAUGAAUGUCAUGUAACUUACAGUGGUGAUGCAGGUCCGUUGCAGCAUUCCUCGUCACGGGCACCUUUACCAACACUGUCGUCACCUCAGUCGAGCACAGACUCGACGUUGAAUGCUGUCGACAACGAUAUGGGUGCUACAGCAGGUGUACGAUUCAGGCUUGAUGUCGAAGGUGGAGAUGUGAUGAGUAUACCGCCGAUCAACCAAACUCGAAUGGAACACGAGUCCGUUCAUUUCAGUUGCGUCAAAGAAGAUCCAGAGUUCGUAGUCCAGUGGUAUAAAGACGGCAUACCGCUAGAUGAUUUGCCAUUCUUAAAUGGUAGAUUUCUCGUUACUCCGGAAGGUUCCUUAGACAUCUAUGACGCAGCAUUAAACGAUAACGGUUUUUAUUCGUGUCGCAUAGUAUCGGAAAAAGGAACACUGACUGCCGGUGCUUUUCUCAACGUUCAGUUCAAAGCGAAAGUUGUGUAUUCACCUGCUGAAGUUUUUCUUGCUUACGGUAAGCCCGGUACUUUGGAUUGUCACUUCCAUUCCAACCCACCACUGACAAAAAUAAGGUGGGAAAAAGACGGGUUUUUGUUCGAUACAUACAACGUUCCCGGAGUAUACCACACUCUAAACGGGUCUCUUUAUUUUGAUCGGGUAGAGAAAGAACACGGUGGCAAAUAUACGUGCACGCCAUUCAAUGAUUUGGGCACCGAAGGUCCGUCUACGCCAAUGGACGUUAUUGUCCAGCACCCACCGAAAUUAAUUGUUGUACCUAAAGUGUUGUACUUCCGUAAACUUGGCGAUAAUAUCACGAUGCCAUGUGAAGCAGAACAUUUCGACAAUAGAGGCCCGGCAAUUGUUUGGCAAAAGGCGGACGGUAAAAGUUUAUUUUAUCCUCGAGUGACAGUCACCGGAGGUAAUCUUACUUUGACUGGAGUAAGGAGUGAAGAUAGAGGUGUCUAUAGAUGUGUGGCGUCCAACAUCGCAGCUACUAUUUCAGUGGAAACUGAGUUGAUAGUUGAGGAAAACCUAUUUCACCGUAAACAUUUCGAUUUGCAUGUUAAUUCAACUAACAAAAAUAUCGUUGCGUAUUGGAAACGACCAUAUUCAUUCUGCACAGUUUGGAGUAGAGACACAAGCUCAGCAUCGUCAAAUUGGAAUGCAACAGCGACGUCCAGUGACGGGAAAGCAAUUCUAUGGAAUUUAAACACCGGUGGGGAAUACGAGAUAAUGGUGUCGUGCCAGGACGAGAUGACCGGUGAAUCUAUGUUCAGCAGAUCAAUUCUGACUAGUCAAUCGAAAGAAACCAUCGGCCAGUUGACCGAAGAGUUGCACGAAAAGCCUCCGAGUCUCGUUGACGAUAACCACCCGUUUGACAUUCGAGUUGAACGCUCCGGUACCGGCUAUAAUGUAUCAUGGAUAACGAAUAAGUCCAGCACCGAACAUCGCAUCAAGCGGUACGAGGUUAAAUGGUACGACGCUCACGAUGGCUCAGAACUUGGAUCAGUGUCUACUGAAGCCAACAAAAGAUACAUAGUGGUAGAGCUAGCCGGUGGCAAAACCUACGGGAUCGUGGUAACAGCCACCUCCACGGAUGGCAGACAGACGUUCGUCGGUAGCCGUUCGUUCCAUUCCUCGGCUGCAGCCUUGGCAGCAACUACCACUUCGUCCUCGUCACCGUCGACGGCCUUUACAAAAUACUAUUACAUGGUGCUGUUCGGUUUGCUCAUUGCCGGUUUCGUCGUGUUGUGCUGCAAUUGCUGUAGCGGUAAGGAUAGAUGAUAUUGUACGAACGGUAAACAUAUUAUUAUUAUAUUCUAACGUACCUAUUUAUCCACCAACAAACGGUAUCCGCGGUAUCAGUAGCGCCGAUCUCCACUGUUAUUAAUUAUUACCUAUUUAUAUGUAUACCUACCUACUAUUAUAUAAUGUGUUUAUGGGACAAUAUAAAAAAAAAAAAAUAAAAAAAAAAAUAACACCUCAUCCCAAAAACCUACAUUACCUACACCUGUUUUAUAUAAGUAUUGCUGCGUUUAUUGUUAUAUAGUUUCCAUAUCGUCCAUACAUAUAUUAUUUUUAUUAUAUUGUUAUUAUCACGUUGUACAAACCCAUCACGUCCAUCAUUAUUAAUUGAUUAAUAAUACAAGAAAUCUACAGUCAAGUGUUUCAUUUUAUAACGAUAAUUAUACAGAGUUUGGCACACUACAACUAUACCUAUUAUAAUAAUAUAUAAUAACUAAUAAGUAUUAAUAUUAUGUUAUAUACCUAUAUGUUUAUCGUCAUUAAUUAUUAUUAUUAUUAUUUAUUAUUACUCUA